UCACCCUAAUCAGUAGUAGGUUCACCACUAGCAGUGGCAAGAAGAAGACGAUUUCUGCUUUUGGGUGGAAAAAACUUUGUUUUGUUGUCAAAAUGAGUAAUAAAUCGUCAAAAACAAAUAAUGCCGCUAGCAGUAUGCUAUACGGCUCUAGUAUAUCAGCGGAAUCAAUGAAAGUAAUAGCGGAAAGCAUUGGAGUUGGCUCCCUGUCUGACGAUGCCGCUAAAGAACUUGCCGAAGAUGUGUCUCUCAAAUUGAAGCGUAUUGUCCAAGAUGCCGCCAAAUUCAUGCACCAUGCGAAGCGCCAGAAGAUGUCGGUUAGAGAUAUUGAUCAGUCGCUCAAGAUACGCAACAUUGAACCGCAAUAUGGGUUUGUGUCCAAGGACUUUGUACCCUUUCGUUUCGCCUCCGGCGGCGGCCGCGAGUUGCAUUUCACUGAGGAUAAAGAGUUGGACUUAAGUGAAAUCACUGCAAACAGUUCAAUAAAGAUACCACUAGACCUGACACUGCGCUCCCAUUGGUUCGUUGUUGAGGGCAUUCAACCCACAGUGCCGGAGAAUCCGCCUCCUCUCUCAAAAGACUCGCAAUUCGUGGACUCUGUAAAUCCGGUCAUAAAACUAGAUCAAGGACUGAACAAAGAUGCUGCUGGUAAACCCACGACUGGUAAAAUCCACAAGCUGAAGAACGUGGAGACGAUACAUGUGAAGCAACUUGCUACUCACGAGUUGUCCGUGGAGCAGCAGCUGUACUACAAAGAGAUCACCGAGGCUUGUGUGGGAUCUGAUGAGCCGCGUCGUGCUGAAGCCCUGCAGUCUCUUGGUUCCGAUCCUGGCUUGCACGAGAUGCUGCCCCGUAUGUGUACGUUCAUUGCCGAGGGCGUUAAAGUAAAUGUGGUGCAGAAUAAUCUGGCAUUAUUAAUAUAUUUAAUGCGCAUGGUGCGUGCAUUGCUCGACAAUCCAUCGCUCUUCCUCGAGAAAUACCUGCACGAACUUAUACCGUCUGUGAUGACCUGCAUUGUAUCGAAGCAGCUUUGCAUGCGUCCAGAGCUGGAUAAUCACUGGGCAUUGCGUGACUUUGCCUCUCGUCUCAUGGCCCAAAUUUGUAAGACCUUCAACACGCUCACGAAUAAUCUGCAGACACGUGUGACGCGCAUCUUUAGCAAGGCACUGCAAAACGACAUGACACAUUUGUCAUCUCUCUACGGGUCCAUUGAGGGUUUAGCGGAGCUGGGCGGCGAAGUGGUGAAAGUGUUUAUCAUACCACGACUCAAAUUCAUCUCGGAACGCAUUGAACCGCAUCUGCUGGGUACAUCGAUGAGUAACACGGACAAAACAGCUGCUGGACACAUACGCGCGAUGCUACAGAAGUGUUGUCCGCCCAUAUUGAAGCAAAUGCGCAGUGCUCCAGAUAUUGGCGAGGAGUACAAGAAUGACUAUGGCUUUCUAGGUCCAUCACUAUGCCAAGCUGUCGUCAAAGCACGCAAUGCGCCAGCCAACAGCACUGUGGCACUGGCAUCCACUACCAUCAAUACGGCGCCCAUAACAAGUGCUGCACAAACGGCCACCACAAUUGGACGUGUCUCAAUGCCAAACACCACACAGAGGCAAAGCCCUGUGGUGGCGACGAUGCCGCAGAUACGUGCCAUUCAAGCCAAUCAGCCGCCGCAAAAGUUUGUGAUCGUCACACAGAAUUCACCACAGCAAUCACAACCUAAGGUGGUGCGACGCGGCAGUUCACCGCACAGUGUGGUGUUGUCAUCGUCCUCGGCGAAUGGCGCCAAUGCAUCUAAUUCGAACUCAUCGUCGACGGGAAGCGUCAGCGGCAGUGCAAAUAGUUUGUUGACGUCGCGCAGCAAUGAUAAUAGCAUUGUGGAUGUCAAUUCGUUGAUCAUUGAAACGGAAAUCGUACGCGCACCGCCCGAGCUGGAUGAUUUAUCACAUCUGGAAUAGCCUUAAACACAGUCCUCUUGUCUCUCCCCAUCCCUUUUAGUAAUUUAAGUGUAAUCGUUUAUAUGCAAUAAACAGUAAAACAAUUGAA